UAUAUAGACGCAGCUCACAGCGCCGACCCAGUCUAUAGUGUUACUUACUGAGUGCGUCAUACCGUUUACUGACUUCGACAUAAACUGGAUUAUUUUCUCGUUUUGAAAAUUGGAACCCAGAGUUUGAGAUGGAGGCGAAACAAUUCACCGAGUUCGCCAAGACGAUGGUGGACUACAUCAACAACUACUUAGAAAACAUCCGAGACAGACGAGUUCUACCAACGGUCCAGCCAGGUUACCUUCGACCCUUGAUUCCCGAUGAGGCUCCACAAAACCCCGAGAAGUGGCAAGAUGUAAUGAAAGAUGUUGAGAGAGUCAUCAUGCCUGGUGUGACCCACUGGCAUUCUCCCAGGUUCCACGCCUACUUCCCCACGGCCAACUCUUACCCUGCCAUUGUGGCUGAUAUGCUCAGCGAUGCCAUUGCUUGCAUUGGCUUUACCUGGAUUGCCAGCCCUGCAUGCACUGAGCUAGAGGUAGUCAUGCUCGAUUGGCUAGGCAAGAUGUUGGAUUUACCAGCUCCGUUCCUCGCUUGCUCCGGCGGAAAGGGAGGCGGUGUCAUUCAGGGAACAGCUAGCGAGGCCACACUCGUAGCCCUCCUGGGAGCCAAAGCUAAGAUGAUCCGAAGAGUGAAGGAACAACACCCAGACUGGACGGACUACGAGAUCGUAUCCAAACUGGUCGGCUACUGUUCUGAUCAAGCUCACUCAUCAGUAGAGCGAGCUGGUUUGCUGGGGGGUGUGAGGCUACGAGGCAUCCCAGCUGACGACCGUUAUCAGCUGAGAGGAGAUUCCCUGCGCGAGGCUAUACAGAAGGACAAGAAGGAUGGACUUAUUCCCUUCUAUGCGGUGGCAACCUUGGGUACAACCAACUGCUGUGCGUUUGACUGCCUCGACGAGAUAGGACCUGUCUGUGAAGAAGAGGAGGUUUGGCUUCACGUUGAUGCUGCCUACGCUGGGUCUGCAUUUAUCUGUCCUGAGUAUCGCUACCUCAUGAAAGGAGUUGAGUUUGCCGACUCCUUCAACUUCAACCCUCACAAGUGGAUGCUGGUCACCUUUGACUGUUCUGCCAUGUGGCUGAAAGACCCAUCUUACGUUGUGGAUGCGUUCAACGUAGAUCCCCUGUAUCUCAAGCACGAUAUGCAGGGUUCAGCCCCAGACUACAGGCACUGGCAAAUUCCUCUCGGCAGAAGGUUCCGAUCUCUCAAGCUCUGGUUUGUGAUGCGUCUCUACGGAGUCGAGAAUCUCCAGAAGCACAUCCGCAAGCAGAUUGGACUCGCUCACGAGUUUGAGAAGUACGUUUUGAGUGACGAACGCUUCGAGAUCAUACAUGAUGUUAUCAUGGGACUGGUCUGCUUCAGGCUCAAGGGUUCCAAUGAGCUCAAUGAAAACCUCCUGAAGAGAAUAAACGGAAACGGUAAGAUCCAUCUUGUUCCCUCGAAAAUCCGAGAUACCUACUUCUUGAGAAUGGCAGUUUGUUCUCGAUACACAGAAUCUGAGGACAUCAAGUUCUCGUGGGACGAGGUACAGAGUCUCGCCACCGAUGUUCUCGCUGAGGGCAGGCCUGGCAACUGAUAAACAAUAAAAUUUCCUGCUCAGUAGGUAAAUUCCCUGCUGAGUUCCGACCAAUUCAUGUAAACUAUGGACAAUCUGAAUAAGGCUAUGUACCAACUGAUUAGUGGAACAAUAUUUAAAACAUUAAGUGUAAAACAAUAUUUUAGUCUUGCUUCAAACACAUAUUGACAUUUGCUUAAGUUGUUACAGAGAAUCUAUAACAAUAAAUAAAAUGACAAUAAUUUGUAAGCUUACACAAGCUAAAGAACUAAUACGAAACAUUAAUAAGUUGUUCAAAAUAAUUUAAGUUAUUUAUAAGACAAUAAAUAAUGUGAUAUUUUAUCCUAAUAUUUUGAAUAAUUUGUCUUUAGAACUACAACGAAUAGUGGUUGUUAUUUAAAUUGUGUUUCAUACAAUUACUACAAAAAUACUCAAUUUUGACUGCAAUUAAAUGUGAUUAUGUUAAUGUUCUUGCCAGGUAAUUUUAUAUUGUAAUUAGUAAACUACUACUAAAUUAAUAAAAAAUAUACAUUUAUAUAAAUUGCUUCCAAUCAAAGAAACAGUGGCAGUUCAAUGUUUUGUAAAUCAAAUAUUAUUUACUUUAGUCAAAAAUAUGCUAAUCUAUGCUUAAAGUACUUUAAUAUACUUACAGCUCGAGUUUAGCUUUUUUUGACAUGUAUAUAAAAUAUAAAGUAUGCUAUUAGUAGUACUAUAAAGUAGUUUAGAAUGAGUGUUGUACUUAUUUUGGAGUGCAAAUGAAAGUUUAUCCAGCCCCGAAAUUGCAUUUGUCGCACUGCAUACUUAACUAUUAUAUUGAAUGACUGUAUACUUAUCUAAUUUGAAUGAUUACUUUGUCAAAGAUAUAUCUCUAUCUCUUUUAAAGCUUGCUUGACAUAAUCCUGAAAAACGAUAUCACUUUGUCCUUCCAUAUAUAUUUUUCUGAAUAUUUAUGUAGUCCAAACAAUUGUCAAUCAUGCGUCUAAAUUAUGUAAGCCUUUAGUUAUAUUAUAUAUGCUUUAUCGAUGUUUUAUAAUCAAGAAUCAAGCUUAAAUACUUUCCUUCUAAUGUUUAAGUAUUCAUAUACAUAAACACAAAAACCCUGCAAUACUUUUAAUUGCCUCAUCAUGACAUGUGAUUAUAACAAUAAUGGGAACAAUUUUUGAAUUAAGUGUUCUAUUAGAUAAGUUAUAUUUUUGUAAAUAAAGUUGUAGGUUUAAAAUUUAAAUUAUUAGUAUUUUGUUACGAUCUGUAUAUUUGAAGAGUUGCUUCAUUGGUGAAAUUAUUUAGAUAAUAUGAUUUGUUUGUAUUAAAUAAAUUACAACCGCAUAUUUAGUAAGUUAAGGUUUCAUUUUGUAAAUAUUCUUAUC